CCACGUCCUCCAAGGAUGUCACUUUCAGAAUUGAGGGAAAUCCCUUCUUUGAACUUCAGCCGAAUGGAUCUUUUCGACAAACUGAAUGAGGAGCUUGAGACGCAUAUUUCUCGGUCAUCGAAGUCUCUGGCAGGUGUCAAAGGUGAGAGAAGGUCCGGAACGCGCCGUUCGUCGCUUCUGCAGCCAGCAUCGACUAGCGAGAUUCGCGAGAGGUACACCAGCUUCUUCACUGACCCAGAUGACUCGGAACUGCUCGAAAACUCUACUACUGAGGCCCUUGACACAGAUAAUCGAAAUCAAACACUCCGGAACAACCAGAAUGAUGCAGACACCGUGUCCACCAGAUCUUUUGCCCGAUCUGUCAGACCAAUCUCUACACAGCAAAUGAUAGGCAUGACUUCGGAGGUCAAUCGUCUCCCAGUCCCCUCUGUGGCCGCUCUUUCAGAACGUCUGUCAACACUGCUACCUACAAUCAAGCAUUUGCAUAUCGACUGUGCCCCUGGAGACCAGACAGCGAUGAACGACGCCAUUGACAGGAUACACCACCUCGGACGAUCUGAUGGCGAGGCUGCUCCACUCCUACGAUCCUCUACGGGACUCCAUCAGCUAGCCGCCAUUGCAGACAACAUUGCUACGAACGGCACGCACGAUUCUGCUCUCCUUGAAGUGCAGAAGAAUGGACGAUUGAUGAAAGAGCUCCCACCACUGCCGGAAGAUAGCGAGAAGUUCUCGCUGAGCGACUCUGGUCUUGACCGUAACACUACCCUCAUUACUGAUGGCUUGACCAGUAUAUCGGAGCUUGAGCCACCAAAGCCUGCCCUGCUCCGCGGCAAGUCUCUCAGCGGUAUCAACAGCAAAGACGAGGACCUAUAUCCUGGGUUCGCAUCUAGACACUCUCUUGUUCUGUCGACCCAGAAUCUAAGACCUUGGAAUCUUGAUGAGAACUACCCUUGGUGUGGUAACAGCCCUGGCAUCAAGAUCGACUUCCCUACACCGGUACUCCGCCGUCAUUCCUCUCCACCCAAACUCGUGAACAGACAAAGUCGAGGUUCUGCUCAGACCAAGAGCGAGACCGAGGAAACUUUGGACCCAGACAGCACUCUUCCAUCAUCACCCAUAGUAUCCAACCCCGAAACUGUCACUCCCACUGUUCUGACAAUUCACGACCGCAAGUCGUCCAAAAAGUCACUGAUUGGAUCCCUGUCUCGUCGCAUUGGACUCAACACUCGUGUCCAGUCAGGCAACAGCGCUCGAGAAAGUGGUCUCGCGGAGAGAGCUAGCCCUGGCGACAGAUAUCCAUACACAAGCUUGCAAUCCCCUCACACGCUUAACAUGGAAGUGCGAUCGUUCUUCUCAGAUUCUACGGAAGAAGAGCACGAUGAAGAGAGACGCGGUUCCUUCCGCAAACAAAUCACCUCGUUUCGAGCCAAAUCGUCGAGAGUUCCAAACGGACAUGCUUCUGUGCCCUACUCACAGUCGUUGGAUAUUCACCGUGGCCGAUCUCUAGAUCAGUACGGACGACCUUCGCAGGCCCACACCACCGGCUCGCUCUAUGACGACCGCUUCGCAGAGCCUGUUGCACCUCAAAACUACGAUGGCAUGGUCGGCAUGGGCCGCGUCGAGUUCAGGGUCAAGCGUGUCGCAGAACGUCUGAGACACAUGUGGUUGAAGGGUGGUGAGAUGAUCCGUUCUCUCAGCCAGCGCAGUCGUCCAACGAAGAGGCAGCACAGGGAAAGAGAGAUUGAAGUCGACAACUGGCUUGCGGAUAGCCUCUACUCCCGCGAUUGAGAUAGUGAACAUAUUGGUAUGGACUGAGUGGGUUGAAGGUUAUUCAUCGCAUUCAUGUGCAAUAUGUCUAUACGCUACAUAGUACCUUUCGAGACAGGGCAGGGAAGACUGGACGGCACCACGAGACCACGAACCAGUAAAGGAUAUACAGCAUCUGUACAUAGCAUCUUCAGAAUGAAAACAAGCAUCUCAAAAAAUGGCCAUUCCGUAUGCUAAGCUCUGCCAUCCCUGCCCUCUAUCCAUAGGUUAAGCAGAGCAACAACAGGCCGCAUCAGGGCACAAUCAUAUCUCGAACCAAAAGACCCAACGCAGAGAG